CCAUGGCAGCGCCGCCGCGUCCGUGACAACCCGAGCAGCAGCGCAGAGAGACGAGCUGCUACAGCACCAAACAAAACCUAGAAAAAACAAACAAAACGAGACAAAAGUAGUGAAAUAAGGGAUAAAAACAUAGAUAAGGAGAGGAGAUAUCUGCAGAGAUGUGUUCCAACGUGAGAAGCGCAGGUUUCAAUAGAGGAGAGUUGCUGAAGACGGAGGGCUUCACCGUGAAAUCCACCAUGAAGAACUCUGUGGUAGUGGGUCCUCCUGCAGCAGGAGCGUUCAGAGAGCGCCCAUACAAACCCACGUCCUUCCGCAAGUUCUACGAGCGCGGGGACUUCCCUAUCGCCCUGGAGCACGACACCAAGGGCAACCGCAUCGCCUGGAAGAUGGAGAUCGAAAAGCUGGACUAUUUUCACUACCUGCCGCUCUUCUUUGACGGUUUGUGCGAGACGGUUCACCCGUACGAGUUCUUUGCCCGGCAGGGAGUUCACGACAUGCUGGAACACGGUGGAACCAAAAUCCUGCCUGUCAUUCCACAGCUCAUCAUCCCCAUAAAGAAUGCUCUGAACACACGGAACCUGCAGGUGAUCUGUACCACUCUGAAGGUUCUGCAGCACCUUGUGAUAUCUGGGGAGCUGGUCGGGGAGGCGCUGGUACCGUACUACAGACAGAUCCUGCCCAUUCUAAACAUAUUCAAGAACAAGAACUUAAACUCCGGGGACGGUAUCGACUACAGUCAGCAGAAGCGGGAGAACGUUGGAGAUCUGAUCCAGGAGACACUGGAGGUUUUCGAGCGAUAUGGAGGAGAGGACGCCUUUAUCAACAUCAAAUACAUGGUGCCUACAUAUGAAUCCUGCCUGCUCAAUUAACACAGACAUUUUAUCACACACAAUCUAUAUACAUAGGGAAACACAUGCAGGUACAGAUAUACAUCAUAUAUAUAUAUAUAUAUAUAUAUAUAUAUAUAUAUAUAGGGAGAGGGCGGAGAUGUUUAAUGAAACACACAUACCAAAAAUAUAUAAUAUAUUUAUUAUAAUAACAUACAUCUAGCGAUGCUGCACUCUGAGCCUUACUCCACUCUCUUGUCUACAGCUGAAAAUCAGUUUGAGUGUUUGUUUUCUCCUGUGAACAUUCAAACAAUAAAUGUUUAAAUUAAACAUUUUUCUGAUGAA